UCAGUUAAUUUUGGAAUUCCACGCGUUAAAGAACUACAAGAGGGUCGAGUUAACCCAAGGAAGAUCGAUUCAAAGGAAGCAGGAACUGAACGAAGAGCAGUCACAGGAGUAUUAACUGAAAGGAAAUCUAAUUAAAUAUGUUCUUCAAAAUAUUGCUGCUCGCACUGCUGGCUACUCUGCUGCAGUUUAGCAGUGCAAAGCCGCAGCUGCUGCUAACAUCGCCAGUGAAUUAUGCAACGGGAGGAAGUGCCUGGCUGGCUGCUGCACCAUCGACCUACUAUCCGGCGUAUGCCAGCUAUCCGGCAUACGCGUCGUAUGCGUAUGCACCGGUCUAUGGCGCAUACGCCACGUAUCCCUACUACUCAUAUCUGAGACGCUGAUGAUGAUGAUGAUCAUGAUCAUGAUUAGGAUUAACCUAAAGAUUUCUGUGUACUUUUAUGCGAUUAAAUUUAUUCUUCUUCCCGUU